AAAAGCUCUCUUAAUUCCACUACAAAUAGUACAUGCAUUAGCCUUCUUCUUCAACCAUCUCUAGCGAGGUUCUCCAACCUUCUCUGAAAAUGGCCUCCAAAUCUUUGAUGAUCAUAUGCUCUCUUCUUCUGGCGCUCGUCUUCUCAAGCAACUAUGCUUGCAAUGCCGCUCGAGUUCUGUUCGAAGACAGCCCAAAGGAAGAGCACCCAACAUUGCCAAAGCUAGAAUUGCCUCCUUUACCUGAGUUCCCAAAACCAGAGUUUCCGCCGCUGCCGGAAAUUCCUCAUGAAUUACCCAAACUGGAGUUUCCUCCAUUACCUGAGAUUCCACAUGACUUUCCCAAGCCGGAAUUCCCACCCUUGCCGGAGAUCCCUCAUGAGCUCCCCAAGCCAGAGUUUCCGCCUUUGCCGGAGAUUCCUCAUGAAUUGCCCAAGCCGGAGUUCCCCGAGAUACCCCACUUGCAGCCGGAAGAGCCCCACCACCCUUGAUGUGCGCGUUCUAGCUGUGUGUUACUGUCGUUUGCAGUUUGAAAUUGUUGUCUUUUGAUUCUCAUCAUUCGAUGAUGUAUGAUACUUUCUAAAUUGUUCUUUGUUACCGUUGUUAUUGAGGUUUGACCGUUAUGUACGUGUUUAUACGCGGUUGAGAUCUGUAUGUGAUGAUGUAGUUUGUAAGUGGCGUACGUAUUCCAAGUUAUUAUUUCUCUUCAAGUAUUCGGUGCUUUCUUUAA